AUGAGAUUUUCUGCAGGGUCAGAUGGCAGCCUCUAUGUAGCUUCACCUGGGGGUGAAGAGGCUGGGGAGUACGUGUGCACCGCAACAAAUGCUGCUGGUUUCGCUACACGGAAGGUCCAGCUCACUGUCUAUGUGAAACCUAGAGUAUCCAGACCUGGAGACCAACAAGGAAAUGCCUAUGAUAAACCCAUAGAGAUCUCAGUAAUUGCAGGAGAAGAUGUGACACUUCCUUGUGAAGUAAAGAGCUUGCCACCCCCUAUAAUUACGUGGGCCAAAGAAACGCAGCUCAUAUCGCCAUUCUCUCCAAGACACACUUUCCUACCCUCAGGGUCAAUGAAGAUCAGUGAGACACAAGUUUCAGACAGUGGAAUGUAUAUCUGCAUAGCCACAAAUAUUGCUGGGAAUGUGAGUCAGUCAGUGAAGCUAAAUGUACAUGUUCCUCCGAAGAUACAGCGCGGGCCUCGAGUUCUGAAAGCACGUGUUGGCCACAGCGUGGACAUUCCCUGCCGAGCCCAGGGGAUCCCUCCUCCCACAGUCACUUGGUUCAAAGGCGGAAGCACCGUGCUCAUGGGUGGUGGCCAGCUUAUUCACAGCCUGGAUGGAGUGCUAAGCAUCAGCAACGUCCAGCUCCCGCAUGCUGGAAUCUACGAGUGCGUCGCUAGCAACGUAGCGGGCAGCGACACAUCAGAGAUAACGCUGCAAGUUCAAGAACCUCCUACUAUAGAUGAUCUUGACCCUUCAUACAAUAGUCCAUUUCAGGAACGAGUGGCAAAUCAACGUGUUGCUUUCCCUUGCCCAGCAAAAGGUAUUCCAAAGCCUGUCAUCAAAUGGCUACGUAAUGGCAGAGAGCUGACAGGCAGCGAACCAGGGAUUUCAGUUCUGGAGGAUGGAACUCUGUUGAUCUUAGCUGCUGUUACACCUUCUGAUGGUGGGGAAUAUAUCUGUAUGGCAGCCAAUGAAGCUGGAAGUACAGAAAGAAAAUAUAACCUGAAAGUUCAUGUUCCCCCUGAAAUUAGGGACCAAGAAACAGUGACAAAUACAUCUGUAGUUGUUCAGCAUCCUUUAAGUCUCUUGUGUGAAGUGUCUGGUAACCCCUUCCCAAUAAUCUCCUGGUAUAAAGAAGAUAUUCAGGUUGUGGAAAGCAGUGCUCUCCAGAUUUUGCACAACGGGAAGAUACUGAAGCUCCUUAAAGCUGCUACUGAUGAUGCCGGACAAUAUUCAUGCAAAGCUGUAAAUGUAGCAGGAAGUUCUGAGAAAAUGUUUAAUGUAGAUGUACUAGUUCCGCCAAGUAUAAUAGGUGCUGCUACAGCCAGUGAAAUUGCAGUCAUUCUCAACCACGAAAUCACUCUGGAGUGCAGAGCCAAAGGCUUCCCCUUUCCUGACAUUCUCUGGUUCAAAGAUGGCAAGCCCUUGUUCUUGGGUGAUCCCAACGUUGAGCUUCUGGACAAAGGUCAAGUUCUGCACAUAAAGAGCGCUCGAAGGAUUGACAAAGGUCGGUAUCAGUGCAGUGCCACCAACAGUGCCGGCAAGCAAGUUAAGGAGGUCAAGCUCAUCAUCCAUGUCCCACCUAGCAUUAAAGGAGGAAAUCUUACUACAGAGGUGUCAACUCUUCUUGACAACCUUAUAAAUCUGGAGUGUGAAACGAAGGGAACCCCAGUUCCUACCAUUACAUGGUACAAAGACGGACACCCAAUUAUUUCCAGUCCCCAAGCUCAGUAUGUGGACAGAGGGCAAAUCCUGCAGAUACCUCGGGCUCAAGUUUCCGACUCUGCGAUGUACACUUGCCGGGUCACGAAUGCUGUGGGAACUGCUGAAAAGAUCUAUGAAGUGGAUGUCUAUGUUCCUCCAGUAAUCGAGGGCGAUGCUGACACAGUGCAGAGCAGGCAGGUGGUUGCUGGCGAUUCCGUAACGCUGGAAUGUAAAGCUGAGGGCAACCCACCGCCGCUGCUUACCUGGCUGAAGGACGGGGUGCCGGUGAGGGCCAGCGCCAGCCUCCGCAUCCUCUCCGGCGGGAAGCAGCUGGAGAUCCCGAACACAGCUGAGGCCGACAGGGGCCAGUAUGUGUGCGUGGCUACAAGCAUAGCUGGAGAGCAAGAAAUGAAGUACGAAGUUGAAGUCUUAGUCUCACCAUUUGUGGAAGGUGGAGGCGAGCUCUCAGACUACAUUGUGAUUCUCCAUAGCCCUUUAGAGUUGGAUUGUGUAGCAACAGGGACACCCUCACCAACUAUCAUGUGGCUGAAGGAUGGCCAGCCAGUUGAAGAGGGACCUGGACAGAAGAUCUUGUUGAAUGGGCACAGACUUCUCAUCUCUCGAGCUCAAGUGUCAGACACUGGUCGCUAUAAAUGUGUGGCUGCAAAUAAGGCUGGAGAACAUGAAAGGGAAUUUGAUGUUACUGUGCAUGUUCCUCCAACCGUCAAAUCAACAGGGCUCUCAGAGAGAGCUGUUGUGAUAUACAAGCCUGCAACACUGCAGUGCAUAGCCAAUGGCAUUCCCAGCCCUUCCAUAACUUGGUUAAAAGAUGGGCAACCAGUAAACACAGCCAGAGGAAAUAUAAGACUGGAGUCUUCAGGCCGUGUUCUGCAAGUUGUCAAGGCCCUGCUCGAAGAUGCUGGCCGAUACACUUGUGUGGCAACAAAUGCUGCAGGAGAAGCCCAGCAGCACGUUCGGCUUCAUGUGCAUGAACCACCCAAUCUGGAGGAUGCAGGGAGAAUGUUAAAUGAAACAGUGGUGGUGAAUAAUCCCAUCCAGCUUGAAUGCACAGCAUCUGGGAACCCGCUGCCAGCUAUCACAUGGUACAAAGAUGGUCGUCCCAUCACGAGCGCUGCAAGUGCCACGUUGCUGCACAGGGGGCAGAUUCUGCAGAUUGAGGAUGCUCAGAUCUCCGACACUGGAAUUUAUAAGUGUGUGGCAGUCAACACAGCGGGAACUGCUGAGUUGUUUUAUAGUCUUCAGGUUCAUGUGCCUCCGUUCAUCUCUGGCAGCAGCGACACGGUAGCGGUGGUAGUGAAUAAUCUAGUGAGGCUGGAAUGCGAAGCGAGAGGUAUCCCUGCACCUAUCCUGACGUGGCUGAAAGAUGGUAGCCCCGUUUCCAGCUUUAGUGAUGGGCUCCAGGUUCUCUCCGGGGGCCGUGUCCUGGCUUUAACCAGUGUUCAGAUCAGUGACACAGGAAAAUACACGUGUGUUGCAGUGAAUGCUGCAGGCGAGAGUCAAAGAGAUAUUGAUCUUAGAGUGUAUGUCCCGCCGAACAUCAUGGGUGAGGAGCAGAACGUGUCGGUGCUGCUCGGCCACCCGGUAGAGCUGCUGUGCCGGAGCGAGGCGGUUCCCCCACCGGUGCUGGCGUGGUUCAAGGAUGGACGGCCCUUGCUGAAGAAACCAGGUCUGAGCGUUGCGGAGGACGGCAGCGUGCUGAAGAUUGAUGGAGCUCAAGUACAGGACACAGGCCGUUACACUUGUGAGGCGACAAAUGUUGCUGGGAAAACUGAAAAGAACUAUAAUGUCAAUGUUUGGGUGUCCCCAAGUAUCUAUGGUUCAGAGGACAUCUCUCAACUGACAGUAAUUGAAGGGAGCCUGAUAAGCCUGAUAUGUGAGUCCAGUGGCAUCCCCCCACCCAGUCUGACCUGGAAAAAGAAUGGCUCCCUGCUGGUGGCUGACCUUUCGGGAAGAGUGAGGGUACUGUCUGGGGGCCGGCAGCUGCAGAUUCCCGUUGCUGAAAAGUCUGAUGCCGCGUCUUACACGUGCAUGGCUUCAAACGUGGCUGGAAAUGCAAAGAAAGAAUACAGUUUGCAAGUAUAUGUUCGCCCAACUGUAUUGAACAGUGGUAGCCACCCAUCAGAAGUUGUUGUCACCCAGGGAAGUGAAGUUUCCUUGGAAUGCGAGGUCCAGGGUAUUCCAGAACCAACAAUAACAUGGAUGAAGGAUGGCCGUCCAUUGAUGAGUGGAAGGGACUUAGAAAUACUUCAUGAUGGGCUCUUUCUUCAACUAAAAAAUGCCCUGGUGUCAGACACUGGCCGCUAUGUCUGCGUUGCUGUCAACGUGGCAGGGCUGGCUGACAGAAAGUACGAUUUAAACGUUCACGUUCCCCCGAGCAUUGCUGGUGACUUGCAGAUACCUGAAAACAUCAGCAUUGUGGAGAAAAAUCCCAUCUCGCUGACCUGUGAAGCUUCAGGAAUUCCCCUGCCCUCAAUAACAUGGCUCAAGAAUGGAUGGCCUGUCACUGCAAACAGCUCAGUGAGGAUCCUCUCAGGAGGCAGGACACUCCGUUUGACACACACGAGUGUAGAUCAUGAAGGUCAAUAUACCUGUGUAGUGAUGAAUGCUGCAGGGGAAGCAAGGAAGGAGUUUGACCUUUCUGUUCUAGUGCCUCCAGGGAUCGUGGGUGAAAAUAAACUGGAAGAUCUGAAAGUGAGAGAGAAACACAGUGUUACCCUCGCAUGUCAAGUGACAGGGAACCCUGUACCACAGAUCACUUGGAUAAAGGAUGGGCAACCUCUACUUGAGGAUGAAGAUCACCAUUUUCUGUCCAGUGGGCGUUUUCUGCGAAUCACCAAUGCCCAAGUCACCGAUACAGGGAGAUACACGUGUAUCGCAUCGAAUGCAGCUGGGGAUAAGAGCAAAAGCUACAGUCUUAAUGUACUUGUGUCUCCAACCAUUGUGGGUGCAGAUGGCCAUGGAAUUGCAGAAGACAUCACUGUUAUUCUCAAUAGCCCAACCUCCCUAGUUUGUGAGGCUUACUCAUACCCUCCAGCCACAAUCACCUGGCUGAAAGAUGGCAAUCCUAUGGAAUCAGACAGAAAUAUCCGAAUAUUGCCAGGAGGUCGGACCAUGCAGAUUCUGAAUGCCCAGGAGGACAACACAGGAAGAUAUACCUGCAUAGCCACAAACGAGGCUGGAGAAAGUUUGAAACACUAUGAAGUGAAAGUCUACAUUCCACCCACCAUUAUCAAAGGUGAUAUCUCAGGGAUGGGUCUCUCCCCCAGAGAAGUGAAGAUCAAAACAAACCACAGCCUGACACUGGAGUGUGAAGCUCACGACUCGUGCUGUUUUUUCUGGUACAAGGAUGGAGAGCCUCUUAAACCAGAUGAUCAUGUCAUCAUCCAAGGCAGUGGUCAUACUCUGCACAUUAAGGAGGCUCAGGUGGCAGACACUGGUCGUUACACUUGUGUGGCAUCUAACAUUGCUGGAGAGGAUGAAAUGGAGUUUGAUGUAAAUGUACAAGUUCCUCCGAGUUUCCGAAAGCAUUACAGAGAGUGGGAAGCUGGUAACAUGGUGGACGCAGGAAGAGGAGAAAACAAAGACGUGAUUAUCAACAACCCCCUUUCUCUGUAUUGUGAGACCAAUGCAGUUCCUCCCCCUGUGCUCACCUGGUAUAAAGAUGGCUACCCACUAAGCUCUACUGAGAAAGUACUGAUAUUACCUGGAAGCCGAGUGCUACAGAUUGCACGAGUGCAGGCUGAGGAUGCUGGGAGAUACAUGUGUGUGGCUGUAAAUGAAGCCGGGGAAGCUUCUCUCUUUCUAAAUGAAAACAACAAAAAGUUCUUACCGCCAUCCAUUGAGGGAGCUGCCGGUGACCUGCCUGAAGAAGUGACUGUGCUUGUGAACAAUCCUGCAGUGAUGGACUGCUUGGCAAGUGGUAGCCCUGCCCCAAGUGUCACUUGGCAGAAGGAGGGCUACCUUCUAGCAGAAGAUGACAAACACAUAUUUUUAUCCAAUGGAAGAAGAUUACAGAUUUUGAAUUCCCAAAUAACAGAUACCGGCAGAUACAUCUGUAUUGUGGAAAAUGUAGCUGGAAGUGCCAAAAAAUACUUUAACCUGAAUGUUCAUGUUCCUCCAAGUGUUGUUGGUACCAAUCCUGAAAAUGUGACUGUGGUGGUAAAUAACUUCAUCUCUCUGACAUGUGAGGUCACUGGCUUUCCACCUCCUGAUCUCAGCUGGCUCAAGAAAGGGAAACCUGUCAGCUCGAAUACCAACACUUUCAUUGUGCCUGGUGCUCGGACUCUGCAGAUUCCCCGAGCCAAACUGUCAGAUGACGGUGAAUAUACUUGUAUUGCCAGAAACCAAGCUGGGGAAAGUCAGAAGAAGAGUUUCCUAACUGUCCUUGUCCCCCCAAGCAUCAAAGACCAUAGUGGGACGUCGCUGGCAGUGAUGAAUGUGAGAGUGGGCAGCCCGGUGAUAUUAGAGUGUGAAUCCAAUGCUAUCCCACCACCAGUCAUCACAUGGUACAAGAACAGGCGCAUAAUUUCAGAGUCUGCAAAUGUGGAGAUCUUAGCAGAUGGGCAAACGUUACAAAUCAAAAGCGCCGAGGUUUUUGACACUGGCCAGUAUGUUUGCAAAGCUAUAAAUAUUGCAGGGCGUGAUGAUAAAAAAUUCCAUCUUAAUGUUUACGUGCCACCACAUAUAGAAGGUCUUGAGCAAGAGUGGGUCAAUGAAACUAUCAGUAAUCCUGUUACCUUCAUUUGUGAUGCCACUGGAAUUCCUCCACCAACAUUAAUAUGGCUUAAGAAUGGAAAAGCAAUAGAAAAUGCUGACUCUCUUGAAGUGCACAUUUUAUCAGGUGGCAGCAAGCUUCAGAUUGCUCAUUCUCAGCUUCUAGACAGUGGGACCUACACGUGUGUUGCCUCCAAUGUAGAAGGAAAAGCUCGGAAAAGUUACAUCCUUUCCGUUCAAGUUCCUCCUACUAUUGCUGGUUCCGAAAUGCCCAGUGAGGUCAGCAUGCUCGAGGGAGAAAGCAUCCAGCUUGUCUGCGACGCUGAGGGAGUGCCUGUGCCUGUUGUGCAGUGGCUAAAAGAUGGACAAGCUGUUGCCAGUGAGGAAUCACAAAGAAUAAGGCAAGCAAACAUUAAAGUAACUCCAGAUGGCAGCACAUUAAACAUUUUCAGAGCUGUCCCUUCUGAUACAGGAAAAUACACUUGUGUGGCUACUAAUCCUGCAGGAGAGGAAGACCGAAUUUUUAACUUGAAUGUAUAUGUUGCACCAGCAAUAGCCGAUAAUAAAGAUGAACCAGAGGACCUCACUGCCCUUGUGGACACCUCCAUAAAUAUUGAGUGUACUGCUGCUGGAACGCCAGCCCCACAGAUAAACUGGCUAAAAAAUGGGCUUCCUCUUUCAGUCUCCUCCCAAAUCAGGUUGCUGUCUGGUGGAAAAAUUCUGAGAAUUGUCCGAGUGCAGGUGUCUGAUGGUGGUGUGUACACCUGUGUAGCAUCCAACAGAGCUGGAGUGGACAACAAACAUUACAAUCUUCAAGUUUUUGUGGCACCAAGUUUGGAUAAUGCAGGAGAAACAGAGGAUGUGACUAUAGUAAGGGGCAAUUCAGCUUCAAUGCAGUGUGUAACUGAUGGCAUUCCCACCCCAACUAUGUCAUGGUUUAAAAAUGGACAUCCUUUAAGCCUCGGAGAUCACCUGACUUCAAAAAACCAAGGGAUGGUCCUUCAUUUUGUCAAAGCAGAGACUGAUGAUACAGGCAAAUACACUUGUGUAGCAUCAAAUGAAGCUGGGGAUAUCAGCAAGCACUUCUCUCUAAAAGUGCUGGAGCCACCUCAUAUCAACGGUUCUGAUCGACCAGAAGAGCUCUCUGUUGUUGUCAACAACCCCCUUGAACUUGUUUGCAUCUCCACUGGCAUUCCAGUCCCCAAAAUCUCAUGGUUGAAGGAUGGGCGCCCGCUUCUGCAGAAUGGUAAUGUUCAUGUCCUAGGAGGAGAAGUGCUUCGAAUAACCAGUGCUCAGGUGGAAGACACAGGAAGAUACACAUGUCUGGCAUCUAGCCCAGCAGGAGAUGAUGAUAAGGAAUAUUUAGUAAGAGUGCAUGUUCCUCCUAACAUUGCUGGCACCAGUGGUCCUCAGGACCUCACUGUGUUGCAGAACAGACAAGUUACACUGGAAUGCAAGUCAGAUGCUGUGCCACCUCCAACAAUCUCGUGGCUUAAAGAUGGAGAACACCUAAAGGGGACUCCUCGGGUCCGGAUCCUGUCCAACGGGCGAUACUUGCAAAUCAAUAAUGCUGACCUGAGCGAUACUGCGAGCUACACCUGCGUGGCCAGUAACAUUGCAGGAAAGAUGACCAGGGAGUUCGUGCUGACAGUGCAUGUUGCUCCUACCAUCCGAAGCAGCCCUCAGACAGCUGUUGUGCAUAUAAAUGCUUCUGCUCUUCUGAAGUGUGUUGCAGAAGGAGUACCAGCCCCAAGAGUUACAUGGAGGAAGGAUGGAGCUCUUUUUUCUGGAAACAACACCAGAUACUCCAUAUUAGAGGAUGGAUCCCUGCACAUCCACUCGGCGCAUGUGACUGACACAGGAAGAUACAUGUGUAUGGCAACCAAUGCAGCUGGCACUGAACGCAAGCGAAUUGAUCUGCAAGUCCUUGUUCCUCCAACUAUUGCUCCAGGACCUAGCAAUAUUACAGUGACUGUAAAUGUGCAGACCACUUUGCCUUGCGAAACCACUGGAAUUCCCAGACCAGCAGUUAGCUGGACAAAGAAUGGGCAUCUGCUUCGUGUUGACCAAAACCAGAAUAUGUACAGACUUCUGUCUUCAGGUUCCUUAGUAAUCAUUUCUCCCACCGUGGAUGACACUGCUGUCUAUGAGUGCUCUGUAUCGAAUGACGCAGGAGGAGAUCAAAGAACAGUUGAGCUCACUGUUGAAGUGCCCCCAUCCAUAGCAGAUGAAGCCACAGAUCUUUUGGUAACAAAACUAUCUCCAGCAAUAAUUUCCUGCACGGCUUCAGGAGUUCCUGCUCCCUCAGUUCACUGGACCAAAAAUGGCAUAAAAUUGCUUCCCAGAGAAGACAGCUACAGAAUUCUCUCUUCAGGUGCUGUGGAAAUCCCUGCCACUCGGCUAGAGCAUGCAGGUCGCUACACCUGCCUAGCCCGCAAUGCAGCUGGCUCUGCCCACAGACACGUUACUCUUCACGUCCAGGAACCACCAGCUAUUCAAACUCAGCCAGGGACACUGGAUGUCAUUGUGAACAAUCCCAUUCUACUCCCAUGUGAAGCAACUGGUACACCUCAACCUGUAAUAACAUGGCAAAAGGAGGGCAUCAAUAUCAUCACCACAGGCAAUAGUUACAUGGUUCUUCCCAGCGGCAGUUUACAGAUUGCAAGAUCAACUGUGGAAGAUGCUGGCACUUACAUGUGCGUUGCUCAAAACCCAGCUGGCACAGCUCUGGGAAAGAUCAAACUGAAAGUUCAAGUUCCUCCUAUUAUCAAGUCCCAGCUCCAGGAGUACAUUGUUCCUGUGGAUCAUUCUGUCACUUUGCCAUGCGAGGCUGAGGGCUACCCCGGGCCAGAGAUCAGCUGGCAUAAAGACGGCCAGCAAGUAACCGAGUCCAUCAGAAGGAGAAUCCUGAGCACUGGUGCCCUGCAGGUCGCGUUCGUGCAGCCUGGCGACACGGGUCGCUACACGUGCACAGCGACGAACCCAGCGGGCUCCAGCAGCUCGAGCACAGAGCUCGUCGUGCACAUUCCACCCAGGAUCCACAGUACAGAGGCCCAGUACACAGUCACGGAGGAUUCCCAGGCUGUCCUGUCCUGUGUGGCUGAGGGGAUUCCAGCACCAACAAUAAACUGGAAGAAGGACAAUACACUGUUAACAGACACAGCAGGAAAAUUCAGGGCUCUGCCGGGUGGAGAUCUCAUUUUGGACAAUGUUGUUCCUGAAGAUUCUGGCCAUUACACCUGUAUUGCUAACAACACUGCUGGGGAAGACACACACACUGUCACCCUGGUGGUUCAUGUGCUCCCAGCUUUUACUGAACUGCCUGGAGAUAUAGCUCUGACUAAAGGAGAACAGCUCAGAUUAACUUGCAAAGCAACUGGGAUACCUGUACCCAAAAUAGCAUGGACUUUUAACAAUAACAUAAUUCCAGCACAAUACGAUGAUAUAAACGGACACAGUGAACUUGUUAUCGAAAGAGUAACUAAGGACGAUUCCGGUACCUAUGUAUGCACAGCAGAAAACACAGUUGGCUCAGUCAAAGCUAUUGGAUUUGUGUACGUCAAAGAGCCUCCAGUCUUCAAAGGGGAUUAUCACUCCAGCCGAACCGAGCCCCUGGGCGGCAAUGCUGUGCUGAACUGCGAGGUCAGGGGAGAGCCACCUCCAAGCAUCCAGUGGAGCAGGAAGGGAGCCGGCGUGGCGCUUAGCGACAGGAUCCGUCAGCUCAACAAUGGCUCGCUCGCCAUCUACGGCACCGUAAAUGAAGAUGCCGGCGACUACAAGUGCGUGGCUACCAACGAUGUUGGCACGGUGGAACGCAGUCUGACGCUGACACUCCAGAGUAAGAUGGAGACUGUCACUGAAGCUGGAGCCACAGCAGUGCUGAACUGCCAGGCAGCUGGAGAACCUCCUCCAAGCCUGGAAUGGGCUCGCCAGGGGCGCCUGCUCGUGAGCAGCGAGAGAGUGACCGUCCUGUCCAACGGCUCCUUGCGGAUUGUUGCAGCGCAGAAGGACGAUACGGCUGAAUACGAGUGCGUCGCCAGGAACCUCAUGGGAUCCGUGCUUGCUAGAGCACUGCUGACUGUCCAGGUGCAUGGUGGAUUUUCCAGCUGGCUUGAAUGGAGGCCUUGCAGUGCAAGCUGUGGCCAGGGUGUCCAGAAGCGGAUCCGACAGUGCAACAACCCUCUCCCAGCGAAUGGAGGGAGGCCUUGUGAGGGGCCCGAUGCAGAUGUGCGCAGCUGCCACAACAAGCCUUGCCCAGUGGAUGGCAGCUGGUCGGAGUGGGGUCUUUGGGAAGAGUGUUCAAAGAGCUGUGGUCAAGGGAACAGGACCAGAACCCGAAGCUGCAGUAGCCCCCCGGCUCAGCAUGGCGGGAAGCCCUGCGACGGCCGUGCCGUGGAGUCAGUCAUGUGCAAUGUUAGGCCUUGCCCUGUUGAUGGCGAGUGGAGCUCUUGGCUGCCCUGGGGUCCCUGCAGCGAGACCUGUGGGAAAGGGACUCAGAGCCGGCUGAGGCUCUGCAACAACCCCGCUCCUUCCAACCGCGGGGCGCCGUGCGAGGGCUCCGACACGCAGCUGCAGCUCUGCCACAAGAGGCUCUGCCCGGUGGACGGGAAGUGGGCCACGUGGAGCAGCUGGAGCGCCUGCACCGUGUCCUGCGGAGGAGGCAGCAGGCAGAGAACGCGCCCCUGCUCAGAGCCAGCCCCACAGUUUGGGGGCCACGAAUGCGAAGGAAAUGACCUACAGGUGGAUUUUUGCAACAGUGAUCCUUGUCCUAUGGAUGGAAACUGGGGGCAGUGGCAAACAUGGAGCCCUUGCUCUGUGUCCUGUGGAGGAGGAGAACAGACCCGAGUUCGCUUGUGCAACAGUCCUGCGCCAUCAAAUCAUGGACAUCCUUGUCCUGGCGACUCUUCCCAGAUAUCCAGGUGCAACAUCCAAGCAUGUCCUGGUGGGCCCCCACGUGCCAAAGGAAGUGUCAUUGGAAACAUUAAUGGUGUUGAAUUUGGAAUUGCUUACCUGAAUGCCACAGUGACAGAGAGCCCUGACUCUGAAGCUAGAAUAAUCCAAGCAGAGAUUACCAAUGUCCCACGGAGCCUUGGUGCAGCAAUGAGAAAGCUUGUGUCCAUUCUGAGCCCAGUUUAUUGGACAACUGCGAAAGAAAUUGGAGGGGCAGUGAAUGGGUUUACUCUCACUGAUGCAGUCUUCAAAAGAGAAACCCAAGUGGAGUUUGCUACUGGAGAGAUUCUGCGGAUGGCUCACGUUGCCCGAGGCUUGGAUUCCGAGGGCGCCUUACUGCUGGACGUUGUUGUGAGUGGCCAUGUCCUGCAGCUCCAGGCACUAGCUGAUAUCAACGUGAAGGUAAAGCUGCUUCUAGAAACCACACUCCUGUAUUGA